GUGGAUUUCGACUGGAGAUCAACAAACAAUUUUUUACUUGCUAUUUUUAAGUGCUAGAAAGUUUUUUGUAGGUCAAGAACCAACAAUACUAAGACUUGUAUUUCACGAUUUAUAAAUGAAUGCAUAUAAAGGUGGUGGCAAAUUACUAUGAAUGAACAAACUUCCAAAAAAUUAUGGGUGAUAAAAUUUUGCCUGAAAAUCAUCUAUCCAAAGUUCAACUACCAAACGUUCCUAGUCUUCCUUGCAAUAAAGCAUAGAAUUAACUAUAAUAAGAAGAUUCGACAGAAAGAUAUGAAUGGAUAUGCUGUAAAAACAAUUUCAACAAAUGCUCACAGAUUUCUAAUUCAGGAUUAUUUGGAUGAUAACCUACCAGUUCUCUUGCACAAAUGCUAUGUCAUUUCAAGGGAUGAAUUUAUACAACUAAGUAGUGAAAAUUUAUUCUAUAUAGACAAUGGAGUUCUUUGGCUUGCAAUAAAGUUAACCCCAGAAACUAAGAAGAAAUAUGGAGGAAAAAAUAAUAAAUCAGACAGUUUAUUCAAACACAACCUUAACUUCAUGACCUCUGAAAUCCACAAAAAACUAUGGAGUGACAAAUCAUGCGACAGACUGGACAACAUUAAAAUAGUGCCUGUGGUAGGGUCAAAACUUGUGGGUGAUACUGUUGCCUUUACCACAGAAAAUGAACAAUACAGUCUAAUAUCUUCGUUUGGAUUGAAGAACUACAGUGAUAUAAAAGUGUCAUUCCACCCAGUGCCAUCUUUGGAAUGUGCACCAAAAAUUGCAGCUACAGCUGAAGUAAGCCUUGUGGUUAAUGAUUAUGAUUUAUCUAAUGAUUUUAUCAAAGAAGUUUUAAGCAAUUACUUUGAGAUACCAAAGCUAGUGAGUCUGAAUGAUGUGUUCAGUAUAGAUCUCACACCAAAUAACACAACAAAGUAUCACUAUAAAUAUUUGGAUUUAGUUGAAAAUACAUGUAAACUGUAUUUCAAAUGCAAAAAGCUGGAUAGUGCAAAUGCAACAGAGGAUGAGAAAAAGGAUAGUUUAAAAGUGGCAGACAAUGUUAUCAAGCCAUAUUUCAUUGUGAAAGGGGUGACCCAGCUAAGCUUAGGAGAGAAUGUGCACACACUGAAGCCUAAAGAUGAGUUCUUUAAACUCACUGAACCAGCUUUAUUAAGUAUGUGUCCCUCUGGCUUGAAAGAAAAGUUCAAGCAAAUUCAAGAAACUAUUGCACCGUUCUUAACUGGAGAGCUUAAUGAUUUAUCUUCAUCCAUGACAAGCCCCAUUAUUCCAAUGCUACUUCUGACAGGAUCAAUGGGAUCUGGGAGGCAUUUAUUGGUGAAAAUUCUAGCCAAAUACAAUGGAAUGAAUUGUAUGCCGGUUGACUGCAAUUCUCUACAAAGCUCUACUGCCAAGCAGACUGAAAGCAAAAUCAAUGCAACAAUCCAAAAAGCCAAAACUUCAGCUCCUGUGAUAGUGUUAUUAGAUAACUUUGAGGUAUUUGCAGUGGAUCCUGAGAACAAUGAAGACUGCAGAGUGAUGGAAUACUUCAUCAACAUAAUAAAUGAGCUGUACCAGAACUACUCUAAACACCCAAUCAUAUUUAUUGCAGUCACUGAGAGGGUGGAAUUGAAACCAAAUAUUCAAAGAUUGUUCCUAGAAAAAUUCCAUAUUCCUAGAUUAAACCCACAGCAGAGGGCAGAAGUUCUGCAAUGGUUUACAUCUGUGAUGCAACUUAAUAUUAAUGGUGAAAAACCCAAGAAAUGUCUGAAUUCUUUUGAUAUCGAUGAUGAUGGGUUGUCUCUGAGUGCAAAUGCUAAAGAAGUUAUACAAAGGGUGGCAGCAAAGACAGAAACUUUUCAAUAUGGGGAUUUGGAUACUUUAGUUCAUUUUGCAUUGAGAGAGUCCUACUUGAAACAACAGAAUGCUUAUGUGACUAUAAGACCUAAUCCAGAUUUGAGACUGUUACAAGAAGAGGACUUUAAUUCAGCUUUAGAAUCAAUCAGGAGCUUGCAAAGUCACCAUUUGGAUGCUCCUAAAAUACCAAAGGUCUACUGGGAAGAUAUUGGAGGCUUAGAAAAAUUAAAGAAAGAACUUUUAAAGACAAUAGAAUUCCCAAUAAAAUACCCUCACCUAUUUAAAAACUCUAGUCUCAAAAGAUCAGGAAUUCUAUUGUAUGGUCCACCAGGUUGUGGAAAAACUUUAGUAGCAAAAGCAGUCAGUACCGAACUUAAUGUCAGUUUUCUAAGUGUGAAAGGUCCAGAAUUGCUGAACAUGUACAUUGGACAAUCUGAGGAGAAUGUUAGAAAAGUGUUCGAGUCAGCCCGCGCGUCGUCUCCGUGCAUAGUGUUCCUGGACGAGCUGGAUGCCCUGGCGCCGCGCCGUGGAGCCGCGGGAGACUCCGGUGGCGCCAGCGAUCGCGUCGUCAGCCAGCUGCUGGCUGAACUGGACGGGGUCGCCAGCGGGGACGAUGCAGAUACGUCAAGUUUCGUAUUCAUAAUGGGAGCUACAAAUCGGCCGGACUUACUAGAGCAGUCGCUCCUCCGACCAGGACGCCUGGACAAACUCAUCUACGUCGGGCCGUACAACGGCCUCUAUGAGAAGACGUGCGUCUUGAAAGCGCUGUGUCGAAACCACAAACUCCGACCCGAGGUGAAACUAGAGGACGUAUCGGCGGCGCUACCAGAGCGCUGCACGGGCGCCGACCUACUGUCCGUGGUGUCCACCGCACGCUCGGCCGCCGUGAGAGCCGUGGUCGAGAAAUUGCACAAAGGUUUAGUAAAAGAGAGUGAGCUAAGUCCUGACUCGGUGAUACUUGGGGUGUCGGAGUUGUGGCAAGGCGUCGAAUCAUUCCGGCCCUCGGUGACGGACGAAGAACUGGCGUAUUACGAAUCGCUGCAGUCACAAAUGUAAUGCUAUUACUAUGUUAUUGUUAUAAAAAUUGUUAUGAAAUAAUAUUUAUUUUAUUUAAAUAAAAUAAAUAAAUAUC